CCUGUUGAUAGAACACAAACUGCGUACUGCUACCCUUUGAAGUUCACCGUAGGCGUUUCCUUGACUUUUCUCGCUGAUGUUAUCCAAUGAUCUCCCACGAAUCCUCGAAACAAAAGGCAAGAUACUCAGUCACUCCAAAUAACGAUCAUAUAAAUUUGGCGAAAGUUUGAGCUUCACGUCAGUUCCCAAAUUGUGGGUUCGUAGAAUACGGAGGAAGAUCUACAAUGCGUUUCUGUUCGUUUCUUUGGCUCUUUGCAUUUUGCAGUUAUCAUGCCGUUCUUCUCGGACACACAUGGUCAUUGAACAAUUUUCUCAUGACCGGACCAAAGGCAUAUCUUACUUAUGCCAGUAGCGUGCACGCGGGAGCACAAAACGGCAUCGACGAGUGCAAGCACCAGUUCGCGUGGGACAGGUGGAACUGCCCAGAGACCGCCCUGCCAUUGUCCACUCAUAAAGGACUACGACGCGCCACAAGAGAAACAUCCUUCGUCCACGCGAUCAGCGCCGCUGGGGUGAUGUACUCUCUGACCAGAAACUGCAGCCUCGGUGCCUUGGACAGCUGUGGCUGUGACCAAUCAAAAAACGGAAAAAUUGGCGGUCGUGGGUGGUUGUGGGGUGGAUGCAGCGACAACGUGGAAUUCGGGGAGAAAAUUUCUAAGAGCUACGUGGAUGCGCUGGAGACUGGGCAGGACUCACGAGCUGCUGUCAACUUGCACAACAACGAGGCCGGUAGAAAGGCUGUGAAAGCGACUAUGAAGCGAAUUUGCAGGUGCCACGGCAUGUCCGAGAGUUGCACGAUCCAGACGUGCUGGCUGCAGCUCUCCGAUUUCCGGGAAAUCGGAAAUUACCUGAAGGUGAAGCAUGACCAGGCGCAGAAGCUGGAGAUGGAUAAGAGGCGGAUGCGCGCCGGGAACAGCGCCGACAGCCGAGGGGCGAUCGCGGAUGCGUUCGGCACCAUCGAUGAGUCAGAACUGAUCUAUCUGGAGGACUCCCCGGAUUACUGCAGGAGGAACGUGAGCCUGGGACUGCUGGGCACGGAAGGGCGGCAGUGCCUGCAGACCGGGGACGGGCUGUCCCAGUGGGAGAAGCGCAGCUGCCGCAGGCUCUGCCAUGACUGCGGCCUGCGCGUAGAGGAGAGGCGAACGGAGACCGUGAGCAGCUGCAACUGCAAGUUCCACUGGUGCUGCACGGUCAAGUGCGAGAACUGCUCCCAGGUCACCGUCAAGCACGUGUGCGCGCGGAGAGACGGCGGGCAGGGGAAACACAGAAGGAAAGCGCGCGGACAUAAAUGAUUUAAAGUUUAACUCGUUUAAGUUCACUCCAAUGGCUGUGAUAGUGGUUGAAUUGUUUUAUACUAGGUUAGAUUUUAUGUCAUGCCACUGAAUAGCAACUAUUUUAAUACUGAACUUGUCAAAGUCGUUGCAUUGUAACGAAAGUAUUUCAGCUGAUUUUGAUGAUGUCGAAUCCUGUCUCUGCACUUUUACCUGUCUGUCAUCUGUGUACAGACGUCAGAUUAUCUAUUUAUGUGUAUGUCAUUAAUUUGAAUAAAUCUAAUU